ACACGGUAGCUCGUCUUUCAGUGUGAGGGUGUAUGUGUGUGUGAACGUGUGUUUGCGUGCGUGCGUUCGUGCGCAUUGAACGUGAAGCGGAGCAGCAUGCAGGCCAUCAAGUGCGUGGUGGUGGGAGACGGGGCUGUGGGGAAAACAUGUCUGCUCAUCAGCUACACAACCAACGCUUUCCCAGGGGAAUACAUCCCCACUGUCUUCGACAACUACUCGGCCAACGUGAUGGUGGACAGCAAGCCGGUCAACUUGGGCCUGUGGGACACGGCCGGCCAGGAGGACUACGACCGACUCCGCCCGCUGUCCUACCCGCAGACGGACGUGUUUCUGAUUUGCUUCUCCCUGGUGAGUCCUGCGUCGCACGAGAACGUCAGAGCGAAGUGGUACCCUGAGGUGCGCCACCACUGCCCGUCCACGCCCAUCAUCCUGGUGGGCACCAAGCUGGACCUGCGGGACGAGAAGGACACGGUGGACAAGCUCAAGGACAAGAAACUGGCGCCCAUCACGUACCCGCAAGGACUGGCGCUGGCCAAGGAGAUAGACGCCAUCAAGUACUUGGAGUGCUCGGCGCUGAGUCAGCGAGGUCUGAAGACCGUAUUCGACGAAGCCAUCCGAGCCGUUCUUUGUCCUCAGCCCACCACACCCAAGAAAAAGGUCUGCGUGCUCAUCUGACCUCAGGCCACAAAACAAAGUGACGUACGCCUUCUUCAAGAACUUGAAGGACAUGCGAUGGAAUUCUUGAAUGCACGCCAAAAAAAAAAAAAAAAA